GCUUCUGCACCUUUGGCCUGCUUCAGUCCUGUUGUUAUGGCUGGAGGAAGGUAAAUGGGGAUUGCAAACCUGUAUGUAAAAAGCCAUGUACGAAUGGUGUCUGCGUUGGUCCAGACAGGUGCUCCUGCCACAAAGGCUACAAGGGGAAACAGUGCAAUGACGAUAUAAAUGAGUGUGGGCUACACCACAGGCCCUGCUCCCACAGCUGUAUGAAUACUCCGGGGAGUUUCCGCUGUUUCUGCGACCCUGGCUACACACUGGAUACUGACAGCAGGUCCUGCAUCAGGAAGCCUGACUGCAGUGGCCUUCGUUGCCAGCUUGGUUGCCAGAUCGGGAGGAAUGGAGCGCUGAGCUGUCUGUGCCCCCCUGGGCUCCAGCUGGCACCAGAUAACAGAACAUGUAAAGACAUAGAUGAAUGUGAGGGUCCCUUCCCUGUCUGCUCUGAGCGCCAGACUUGCAGGAACACCUUUGGGAGCUACAUGUGUGUGUGCAGGCCGGGUUACAUCCUAGGAAUGUUUGGGAACUCUAUCACAUGCCGAGACGAAGAUGAGUGUGCGACAGGCCACCACCACUGCAGCCGCCAUGCACAAUGCGUAAACACGAUUGGCUCAUACAUCUGCCACUGUGAGGGUGACUAUGUUGGAGAUGGCCUUAAUUGCUGGAAGAAGAAAGAAAGAUCACAGGUCAGCACAUACUUCCAGUACAAACUCUGCAAACAGAGCAGGCUGAGAGAGACAUGUCCAUGAACAAAGCAGUUUUCAGCUAUAUACUUCUCAAUUUUUAAACUAUGUCCCAUGUAUAUGGGCCAAAUUUUAUAGCCUUUUUACUUUAUGACUGGUGUAGCUAAUGUAUGUGAAUAUAUUAUAGAUAUUUUUCAUCGUUGAUAUCUUCUGUGUGUUUAUGCUCUCAAUGCUCAAAAUAGCCCUGUGGGGAUAAUUAUAGUUGAAUUGAACUGCAGUGUCAAAUAGUGCUUUGCGUGCUCCUGAAGCAUCCCUUAUAAUAGUUUAAUGCUUUGAUGCUAUGUCCAUUUGCUUGACCUGUGGGGUUGUAAUAGUGGAAAUAUCACAAUAAUAACAGAU